GCUGCGGUUGAGGGCAUUCAUCUCUUUCUGGUUGGGCCCUACAUCCUCAUCGGACAUUGACAGCCAUGGCUCUACCGUUUCUGCCUGGCAACAGCUUUAACCGCAAUAUAGGAAAGGAGAGGUUCCAUAAAUCUCAACAUUGGGGCUUUUGCAACAAUGUCAGGAUGUUGGUGAGUGAGGAUAAGCCUGGAGUAGGUGGAGAUCUGCUAUAUGGACAAAAGAUAAAGCCUAAACACAGUGUAUUUCCUAAAGGAGAUGGAACCGAUGCACCAUCCUGGGUUGCUUUUGAUAAGCAGGUGUUAUCUUUUGAUGCCUAUUUGGAAGAUGAAGUACCUGAUAAAAGGCAAGAAAUCUUUAGAAUAAGAUUCUACAAAAUCUAUUUCUACCUUGAAGAUGACACCAUUCAAGUAAAUGAACCAGAAGUGAUAAAUAGUGGACUGCCUCAAGGCACUUCUAUCAGGCGUCAACGUAUUCCUUUCCCCCCUCCCAAUGAUGAUCAGUUCUAUACUGUGUAUGACUUCAAUAUCAACGUAAGUGUUGUCUUCUAUGGGCGCACGUUCAAGAUUUAUGAUUGCGAUCCAUUUACAAAAAACUUUUUGAAGAAAAUAGGAAUCAAAUUGAAUCCUCCAGAACAACGUCCAAUCGAUCCCUACAUGAAGAUGCGGAGAGAGACAUUAGAGUUUGUGGAUCCCUUUCGUCCCUAUCAAUCUUUUGACACCCUGAAACGAUUCAUCCAGUAUGAUGGGAAGGUUUUGCGUUUCUUCUGCUUGUGGGAUGAUUCAACCUCACUGUUUGGGGACCGUAGAGAACUUGUCCUGCACUACUUCCUGUGUGAUGGUACUGUUGAAAUCAGGGAAGUACUGCCAUCUAAUUCAGGCCGGGAUGCUAUGUCGUCAUUCCUUCGGAGGGGUAAGCUUCCCAAGUUUGGCCCACCUGGAAUCUACCAACCAGGACAGAUAACAGAUCGAGCAGUUCUCAAUGUGUAUGGAGGCUUGUCAGAAUGGCGAGCAGAUGGCUAUCUGCUGGAUAAAUACCAGCUAGGAAAAGUAGAGCAAGACUUUUACACAGACCAGGACCUGUCUAUAGGUGCCACCAUCAAUGUAUGGGGAAGAAAAGUCCUCCUCUGUGACUGUGAUGAGUUUACCAAGACCUAUUAUAGGACAAAGUAUGGAGUUGAUAACUUUACGCCCAUUUCAUGUAAGCCUCCUCAUCUUCCAAAGAUAGAAAGGAAAUACCCACCUUAUACUGGCUUUGGGUCUGAAGAGGAUUCUUUCCGCUCCUGUGUAGCCCUGAAGCCCACACCUCAUCGGAGGAACUUCAGAAAAAUCAUGGAACUAGACAGAUUAGAUAUGAAGUGUGAGAGAAGUGAAGAGCUACAGGUAUCUCAAGGUUUGGACCUGAAUAAUUGGAAAGGUGGAGAAGAGAUGCAGCCAUUGGACAGGCAGGACUAUAGUUAUAAUAGGUUUGGGAGCAAGAACACAAGUUCAUCAUUAGAACAACUUGAGAUGCCAAUUAGAUAUGAAAUGAAAAUGGGGAAUGCUGGUGGAAUGUUCUUGAAAAGAAGUCGUGUGAAAAAGCCUGGACAAGAAGUUUUUAAAAGUGAAUUUUCAGAAUACAUCAAGGCUGAAGAGCUCUAUGUUGGAGCCACAGUGAAUAUUAAUGGCUACCUGUUUAUUCUGCUUAAUGCUGAUGAGUACACCUUAAACUACAUGGAGAAUAACACAGACAAGUUUCCAUAUAGCAACUUUGAACUUGCCAUACAAAAGCUGAAGCAGGAAAAAUCAAAAUCAAGAGAGAUCACACAAGUAUUUGCGGCUGCUGACUAUAAUCACACGAAGGUGGUACCUUACAAUACAUUCAGAGAUAUCCUGAUGAGUAUCACUAUGGGGAAGCUCAUAGACCAGGAGUUUAUAACCAUUGCACGCCACUACCGUGUGCCUGAGAUUGUGGAUCCAGACUUAGCAUACUUAAUUGCCCGGGCCCAUGAAAAGUUCAAGAAAAAUAUAUUUGAGAAUUUUGACAUGUUCAUUUAUAACUGUGUGUAUGAAGACAGAGAAAAAAAAGGUGUAUUACCCACCAAAGACAUCAGAAGGAUGUGCAAGUCUUUCAGGCUACCUCUGGAUGAUGAAUUUCUAGAUUGCUUACUGUCCAGGUUUGAAGACAAAGACCAUCAAAUAAAUUAUGAGAUAUUUUUCUCCCUCCUGAACUGGAGAAUGAAUCCAACACCGGAUUUGCAAGCCCCGCCAUACCUUAAGGAGAAAUGUGAAGACGUUUGGGUGGGAAUGCCAUCACCUAUUCCUGUGAAAUACGUUAGGUACUUAGACUUUUUGAUUGAUGUGUAUGGCUUAGAGGACAACUUGCUAUGAAGGUUUUGAUCAACUCUCUUUGAUUUACUGUUCUCAUUAUGCCAUGUUUAUUUUAAUAAAUAUAAUUUCAUUUAAAACAAACAAAAAUUAAGAAACAAGGUUUGUAUUAAAUGGAAAUUCCUAAACUACAAUUAAUUUUCUUUGUCACUGUAG